UUCGAUGAACGCGUUUUCCUUGAUGAGCUGUUGGAAGCUGUCACGGGUAACGAAGUAGUAGUGCUUUCCGUCUUGUUCGCCUGCCCGCGGGGGGCGCGUGGUGUCUGUGACGGUGGCGGGGAUAUAAUUAGAGGCCUGCAAGAAAGCGCGGCACUGGAAUGGGCUCACGAGAAACACUGAAGCCAAACUUGUCGGGGAAUUCUGUGAACAGCCGCUGCAAGAGCGUGCUCUUUCCGACACCGGAGGGACCGGAGAUGACCAGAGGGCGCAGAAAAUCAGGCAGGGGGGACAUGGUGGGUGUCGUGCUGCAGGUGGGGAUCGUGGUAUCUAUAUGGUGCGUGUUGUAUCAGGGCUUGCAGGACAAAGAAGGGAACUUUGGAGAAAUUAAAGCGGACGAGGACGAAAAUUGAUGCGACAAGGAAAACAUGAAAAUGGACCCGAAAUGGACGGCCGUUGUCAGGUGCAGACAGCGGCUGUCACACACCUGUCUCUUUCGCCCGCCAGUCUCUGUGACGCCGCUGUGACAGCUGUGACAGACCAGGUCCGCCUGCAGGAGUUAGAGUGAGCGCUCUCAAGGCAGCCGACCGAGCAUAGUUCCUUUCUUUCCUCUCACGUCCCCAUCCAGCUACGGUCUGCAGCGACAGAGCCUCGCUGUCCAUCGACCCUCCACCGUCCUCCUCUUUCUUUUCUAACACGCCGACCAUCCUGUUCUACGAGCUUUUACGACUAUCAUGGGCGCUGUAUGCUGUCGUCCACAGCCUAUAGACUUUGACGGGGAUGUUAAUUUGUUCCACUUCGUCCUUUUGAGAUGUGUCGGCAAGGGUGCUUUUGGAAAGUGCGUCACGAUCUCAAGGUGCGAGUGGUGCAACACAAACAGAGCCGUGAACUCUAUGCCUUGAAAUACAUCAACAAGACAAAGUGUGUCAAGAUGAAAGCCGUGGCGAAUAUCGUUCAGGAGCGCCGGUUGUUGGAGGAGAUUGAUCACCCUUUCGUCGUCAAUAUGCGAUAUGCUUUCCAGGACGAUGAGAACUGUUUCUUUGUUCUUGAUCUCAUGUUGGGCGGUGAUCUCAGAUUUCAUCUAGAGAGAAUGGGAUCCUUGUCAGAGGAUACCGUUCGUUUCUACAUGGGCGAACUCUCGUCAGCACUUUCGUUCCUCCACGAGAAACGUAUCAUUCACAGGGAUCUCAAACCGGAUAACAUCCUAUUGGAUGAGCGCGGGCACGCACACAUCACUGACUUCAACAUCGCCGUUCACUACACCGAGAAGCGCCUCUUGACAGGUGUCGCAGGUUCCAUGGCAUAUAUGGCCCCUGAAAUCCUCGCCAAGCGUGGAUACACAUACACCAUUGACUGGUGGUCCCUCGGUGUUUGCGCGUACGAGCUUAUCUUUGGACGAAGGCCGUUUCGUGGGAAGACAAAUAGCGACUUGACGCAUAGUAUUUCCAGGGACGCCCUGCGGUUCCCUGAGGAUGCUCAGGCAAAAUGCAGCAGAGCCGGUAUCCAGGCACUGAAAGGUUUCCUGGAACGAGAUCCACCGAAACGUCUGGGCUGCAAGCCGAAUGGUGAAGGAUUCGAGGAGAUCCAACGGCAUCCAUGGUUCCAGUCCAUUGAUUGGGAUGCGUUAGACAGGAAAGAGCUGCAACCACCGUUUGUACCUGACUCAAAGAAGGCAAACUUUGAUGCGUCACAUGAACUCGAGGAGUUGCUGUUGGAGGAUAAUCCCUUGAAGGCACGGCAACGUAAAGUGCAGGAUAUUAAUAAUCUCAGUGCUGAGAUGCGACAAAUGGAAGAACAAUUUACUUCAUACGACUUCAAAAAGAUGCAGCGGCGGUCCUAUUACCCCCAGACUAACCAGCAGAUAGUCUCCACCAUGACCGCCACAUCCUCAACCUCACGCCCAGUUACCCCCAUGACGAUAUCUAAUGACCUCGGACCUAACGACAGCCUGAACGGCCACACCUACAAUCAGAAACCAUCGAUAGAAGAAGCAACAACACCUUAUGAUGACACGGACGGCGUUCGAAUGACGGAAAUUAACAACGAGAAGGUCCAAGUGUAUUAGAACGUCGCAACCCGAACGCCGCCGAAACCGUGCAUUGUAUUGAAUUCCCUGUGUGCUCAUUUCAUACAUAUCCCUGGGGGGCUUGCUUGCUCUGUAAUCGUGGCAUCUAGCAGAUAUCCAUCUAUUGGGUUUCUGGGUCGUUCCUGCUGUUGUCGUUGGUCAUUUUUUCUUUGUUUUCUGGUUGAGGGGAGGACCGUGAUUUUUUUUUAGUUGCCUGGCUUUUAUCUUUUCUUCCUUCUCUGGUAUCGCUUUGUUUGUUGGUCGGUACCAUUCCACAGAUAUCCUUGCAUGGCUUUACACCCUUGUUAUAUCCUAAUCCCAACACCCUCUUCCUCCGCAUUCGAUACCACCCUUACGGCCUUCUUACCCACCCGCUUCGUCGUUGCCUACCUAUGCUUCCCCGUCACCACCUCAUUUUCUCAUGGUAUUCUCCGUGCUCUCGCUUAACGCGGUAACACAUUCUUUCCCAUCCCCCCCCUUCCCUCGCGCAUAUUGGUUCUUCUCGUCUUCCUGAUCGUCGCUUUCUAGUAUGCUUGUACUCUCCUUACAUACGGGGGUCUGGGGUGUCGGGUCCGGUUGGCGCAUUCAAGGGAGUUUGGACGUUACAAACUAUAUAUCCCCCCUUCGUGUAUCGCUCUGUCGCUAUAUCGUUAUACCCACCCACACUCCCCACUUCCCCUCCCCUCGACGUCUAUAUCUCGCACUUAGCAUCGUAUCAUCGUUCUCUCUCGCUCCUCAUUCACUUUGCCGAUGUGUCCAUUUAUUCGUAAUAUCUACAGCAAACUCUGGUAAUUACUCGCGCCGCCUCGACGUCAUGUGUAUCGGUUUCCACUCUCCUUUUUGUUUUUCUCUUCAAUUUUCGACCUGUCUCGUUUUCUGUCAAUGGUUACAUGAUACAUCAUGGAUAGGAC